AGAGGCUGAGCUUAAAAUCUUCAUACAGGACUGCUGGGAAGUAAAAAGUAAAAAAAACCCCCAAAAAAACAGUGAGGCCUGCUUUUAAGACAAAUAUCCGAAGAUAUUUCCCAUAUUUCCCAUAGUUCAAGCUGACUGGAUUCUCUAUUUCAUCUCUGUCAAGCUUCUGCACAACACCUCGUAAGAAGAAAACAGAUAACGGGAAACAAAUCCGACAAUGGGUAUUCCAAGUAAAUGGUCAAUAUUUUCACUGAUUUUGCUCAAAGCGUUCUGUCAAGAUUAUGAAACCAGUUAUACAGACUAUGACACAGAAGAAGAACCCUGGCCAGUGAUUCCUUCACUUCUUCUGCCUGAAGAAACCGACUCUUCCUUAUUACCCUCAAAUGAAUGUGCCAAGGAAUGUUACUGCCCCGACUCUUAUCCCUUUGCGAUGUACUGUGACAAUCUUGAACUCAAAGUAAUCCCUGAUGUCCCGAGCCACAUCCGGCACUUAUACAUUCAGUACAACAAAAUCGAGACCAUUACGGCAAAACCUUUCACGAAUGCUACAUCUCUGAGAGAAAUCAACCUCAGCCACAAUAACCUGCGAAAAGUAGGAAAGGAGGCCUUCAGUAAGCUUCAACACCUUACACAGCUUCACCUUGAGCACAACAAUCUAGACGAAAUUCCACCUUCGUUGCCCCAAACUCUUCAGAUACUCCACCUGGGUUUCAACAAAAUCUCAAAGAUACCAUCCAACACUAUACAAGACCUAAUAAACAUCACAGUGCUUGAUCUGUGUAGCAACAGACUUACCGAUGAAGGUAUUAAAGGAAAGGUCCUGUCUAGCUUUAAGAGUCUCAUGCAAAUCAACAUGUGCAAUAACAAACUCAAGACUAUGCCCUCUGAUCUCCCAGCAUCGCUGGUACAGCUGUUGCUGGAGAAAAACUCCAUCACAUCUAUACCAGAGGGAUACUUUAGAAAGACCCCAAACAUCAUGUCUCUUCGGGUGUCCCAUAACAGAAUUAAAACGAUUCCUUACAAAGCCUUUAACCUGUCACAUCUCAUGGAACUCGACCUGGGUUAUAACCAACUCUCCCAAACGUUUUUUGUUCCCAAGAACUUGGAGCAUCUGCAUCUCAACCACAAUGACUACAAAGAACUUAACAUCACUCUAAUGUGCCCAACGGUGGAUCCUGACAGUCCCAAUAUGCUAACCUACAUUCGCAUUGAUAACAAUAAGCUGAGAGGACCUGUGGACUACUACGUCUAUGUUUGUUUCCCAAGAAUGAGGAUGAUUCAUUAUGGUGAACAACAGACAGGAAGCUAGUAUAAACCAAUAAAACAACACGACAACCAUUGACGGGGUAUAAAAUUUCAACCACCAAAUAAAUUAGCCUUUGUGCUUUUGGUUAAAGACGGGACAUUUUGCAUUAUGACGCAUAACAACCAAAAAUAGUGGAUACAGUAAUACUGAAAAGGAACUGGGAGGCGGGUGAAGGGGUAUGGAGGCCCUCACUAACGUUUCUGGAUACGAAUUUUAUCGUCUUUGACUUGAUAAUCAUAAACCAAGACACAAACAUGCAUCAACUACCAAUGCUAGCUAUCUUUUACAUCCUUACAAAUGGACUUCUUUGCAUGUGCAUGCACAGUUUAGCAUUUUUUAGCAAGUUCAUAUUAGUGGAAAUCUUUGCAUAUAAACAAAGUCCGGCUGCAUUAUUUCGGUGGAAAAUGUGAACUAAUAAAUAUGAGUUAUGAAUA